AUGGACAACUUUGACUAUCUGACCCGUGAUUGGUCGAUACUUGGUCCGCAUCAUUUAGACGAGUUCAAGAAGAUCUGGGCUGAAUAUGACCCCGAGGCAACGGGGCGCAUUAAACACCUGGAUGUCGUGACGCUGCUGAGGAGAAUCCAGCCACCGCUUGGGUUUGGAAAGUUUUGCCCCCAUCGUGUUGCCUGCAAAAGACUGAUUUCCAUGAACAUGCCUCUGAACAGCGAUGGAACCGUGACGUUUAAUGCCACGCUGUUCGCUCUGGUCAGAACUGCACUGAAAAUUAAAACCGAAGGUAAUUUCGAGCAGGCCAACGAAGAGCUACGUGCGAUUAUUAAGAAGAUCUGGAAACGCACCAGUAUGAAACUGCUUGACCAGGUCAUUCCACCAAUCGGAGACGAUGAGGUAACAGUGGGGAAGUUUUACGCCACGUUCCUGAUCCAGGACCACUUCAGGAAGUUCAUGAAGCGCCAGGAGGAAUAUUACGGAUACCGGCCCAACAAGAAAAACAAGAACACCACAGAGAUUCAGGCGGGUCUGAGGAGCAUCGAGGAGGAGGCCGCGCCUGAGCUUCAGCGGGCCAUUUCUGGAGAUCUUCUGAACGACGAGGAGAUGGACCGAGCCAUGGACGAGGCCGGAGAGGAGGGGAUCUACCGG